AUGUCUACCCUUUCAGGCGAUAAUGGCCCAACUGCGGCCGUACCCCCAGUAGCCAACGACGCCAGUGCAGCGCCUGCGGCUCAAGAGGAAAAGCCCUUGCCCAAACUUACUGCGUCUGAAUUCCGCCAAUACAAUAGAAUGGCCGAACACAUGAAUUACUACCACGAUAACUUCCGCGCAACAUGGAAAGUCCUCUACGCCGCCAGUGAAUCCCAAAAGAGGCCCAAAAACAUGUCUAUCCGUCAAUUCAUCGGCAUGGGCCUGCAAUUCUGCCAUCACCUGACAAUCCACCACACGAUAGAAGAACAGCACAUCUUCCCCGUUCUCGCCAAGAAAAUGUCCGCAUUUAGGAAGGAACUCGAACUGCUCACCCACCACAAGAUGAUCCACGCCGGCAUCGAAAAGCUGGAAACGUACCUGGAAGAAUGCCAAAGCGGCGAGCGUGAACUGCGAAUGACGGAGCUCAAGGAAGUCAUGGAUUCCUUUGGUCCCGUCUUGUGGGAGCACUUGGAUGCAGAGGUCAAGCAGCUGGGAGCAGAGAACAUGCGAAAGUACUGGUCUUUGGAGGAGAUGCGUGCCAUGCCCAUGUAA